AUGAAGAUAAGUAUCGUGGGAUUAUCUUUACUUAUGAUUGCUCUCAGAAGCAAAUCUACUAAUGCUCAUAAAACAAAUAAUUUGGAAACCAAAAUUAAUUAUGGUAUUAUAAAUAAUUAUGAUGAAUUAUUAAAAGUAGCAAGAUGUCAAUAUUGCUUAACAGCCCUUGAACCUGUUCCAGAAGAAAAAUGUGAUGAAAUAAUGGAUGAAUGUAGACAAUUAUUAAGCAAUAAAGAUCUUGGAUUUUUAUUAAAAGCCAUAACAGAUGAGCCUAUGUCUGAUAACUCUCCAUAUAUUAAUGGAAAACAUAGUAAUACAUUAAGAAAAAUUAUUAAAGUUUUAGAAACACAAAAAAGGCUUAUUGAUUCAGUAAAAACUAUUGUACGUGGUAUUAAAAAAAAUGGUGGUUCACAAUUAAGAAGUAAUGGUAUCAAUAGUCCAGAAUUAGCUAAAUUAAGUGCAAAUAUUAAAAAUAUAAAAAAAGGUUUCCAAUUUUUAAAUGAUAAUUACAAUACAAUUAAUAAACACAUAAAUUUACCAAGUGGUGAUAUGAACCAAAUUUAUAACAAAAUAGUAAAUGCAAAUAAUUUUGAUGGAUUAUCAAAAUCACAAGAAAAAUUAAAUUCAAAUGAAAAAGAUGGAAAUGUAGGUAUUGAUGAUAUUAUCAAAUCAAGUGUUCAAGAUAUUUUUGAUGAAGGGGAAAAUAUAAUGAAUGUAGUUAAAACUGUUUUAGUACAAGAAAGUGAUGGAAUUGGAAAUGAAUUAGCAGGACUAAUUGAAAAAGGAAAAGAAAUUGGAGAACAAAUUGUAAAUAUUGAAGGAUUAUUAUCUCCAAAAAAUGGUUUAUUUAGUGGUGGUAUACCAACAUUAGAUAAAUUGUAUGAAUUUACAAGUAAUUUAUCAUCUUAUGAAGAAUUGUUAGUUAAACUUAAAGAUUCUGUAUUAUCAAAAUUAAAAGAUAUAUUAUUAAGAUUGUUGUAUAAAUCAUAUAUAGCUUAUAGAAAAAAUAAAUCAAUUGAAUUAGGAGAAGAAGAAAUACCAAUAGUUAGUGAAGAUGAAUAUUUAGAUGAAUUAAAAAAAGGUGUAAUACAAUUAAGUAUGAAAUUAUUAUAUAGUAAAAUUAAAAGAUUAUUAAUUAAAAUUAAAAACAAAAUAUGCCAUAAAAAUAAAACAGAAAAUACAACUGAAUCAUUACCAGUUGAAACACCAACUUAUGAUUAUGAUUAUGAUGAUGAUGAUGCUGUUGUUGAUGAUACAGUUGAUGAUGAUGCAGGUGAUGAUGAUUAUGAUGAUGAAUCUAUUCCAUUUAAUAAAUCUUCAUCACAUAUGAAAUUAUUCAGAGGUACUCCAUCUCCUCAAAAAUCUAUUGUAUCUACUAUUAAUAAGAUGAUUAAUGAAAUCAAUUUAUAUGAACAAGGAUUAUGUACUGAUACAUAUGUAGAUUAUGAAAAUGAAGAUAUAUUAUCUACUGUUGAAGGUAUGGAUGAUACAGAAUCUGAUGAAGCUGAAUUAUCAAAUGAAUCUGUUCAGAAAAUUAUCAAUGAAAACAUUGCCACAGAAGCUAUUAACGAUUUACUUAAAGUCGAUGAAUCUCCAGUAGAAAAAAAGGAAAAUGAUUCAGAAAAUAAAUCAAAUAACUCAUCCAUUGAUAUUGAAAAUGGUGUUAAUACUCUUACUAUUGUUUCAGAAACUCCUAACAUCAUAAAAAGAAUUGUUAUAUAUGUUAUAAGAGAAAAAAUAUAUGAUUUGUCAGAAGAAUUAGCAGAUAAUAAAUUCGAGAAUGAAUCCAACGCACCAGAAUCUACAAACGACAAAGUCGAGGAUGAAUCUAAGCCAUCAGAAUCGACAGGUGACAAAAUCGAGGAUGAAUCCGAAACAUCAAAAUCGACAGAUGACAAAGUCGAAGAUGAAUCCAAACCAUCAGAAUCGACAGAUGACAAAGUCGAAGAUGAAUCCAAACCAUCAGAAUCUACAGAAUCUACAGAAUCUACAGAAAAUAUAAUCCCAGAAGAUACUCCAGCUCCAACUCAAGCAUAA